AUGAAAAAGCAGUAUGAACUUAUAACCCCUUCUUGGGUACUAAAAAUAUGCAGAAAAUAUAAACAUACAAUAAAAAAAAUUAUACUAAUUACUAAUCUAUUUUUUGUCUUUGUUUUUAUAUCGAAUGAUUUUUCUUUACACCACGUCAAAAAUAUAAAUAAGUAUGGAAUUAAUAAUAAAUUAUACCAACAUAAUAUUGAAACAAGAUAUGAUAGAAUAUUAACAGAACAUGUUAAGCAUCUAUGGAAAAACAAUUUUUCAUUAGAAGUUAAUACAAGUCAAAAGAAUCCUUCAAGUUUAAAGGAUCAUGUUUCUAGUAACCAAUCAACAGAAGAAAUAAAAAAGACAAAUGAAUUAAUUACAAAUUUAUCUAAACUUUGGAAAGAUAUGAUUAAAAACACAGAAGAAGAAUAUAACCAUAAUACUGAUCAUAUGGAUCAUAAAUGGAGAGAUGAUAUGUGGAAUAAACAAUGGGGAAAAUAUCUAGAUGCAGCUCAUGAUAAUAUUAAUAAACACCUAAGAAAUUAUAAUAGCUCUGAAGAUUAUAAAAAAGAUAUUACAAAUAAAUGGAUACAAUGGGCAAGUGAAGAUGUUGAAGUUUUUGUAAAUGCAUUAAAACAGGAAUGGUAUAAAAAUAAUAAUAAUUAA